CCUUCUUCAUCAAGACUCGAUCGAACUGAUCAUUCCCUUUGUCUAUUAAAACUACAUUAAAGCAUAACUACAUACAUACAUACACAUAUAUAUAUAUAUGUAUAGUUGAGCAUAUAUAAAUUAAUUUAAAAAAUUAGGGUUUUCUGAAGAAACAUUGAUCGAAUCAAUCGAUCAUCAUGAAUGUGAAAGAAAGUCGUGUGGAGAGGUUCUUGCUUCUUCCUUUCUCCCUCGGCUGUGAUUCCAAUUCGAGUGUCGCCAUCGCCGGAGACUCGCCGACGAAACACUCUAAAACAGGAUUAAAGGGUGGAGAAGAUCAGAAUUUGUUCAUGAAGAAGAAGAAGAAAAAUGGUUUUUGGAAAGUGACAUUUUCCCAAGGAUUUUCCAGAUUCAUCAAUACCUUCAAGAGUCUCUCUCAAAUUUUUGUUUACAAGAAAGAGUUGGAGGAAGAGGACGACGAAGAAGACAAGGAAAUGGAAAUGAAAAUAGGGUUUCCGACAGAUGUGAAGCACGUGACACACAUAGGGUUAGAUGGAUCCACCAAUCAUCAUCAUCAUCACCUUCUUCCUCAGUACAGCCAGACCCUAAACCCUACUACUGCAGCUCCUGAAACGGUGUCGUUUCAUUCUCUCUCUCUGCAACUAUUCCAAUCCGCCAUGGCUGCCCAAGCUCAAGCUCAAGCUCAUAAUUCCCUCCAUACUCCAACUGCAGCAGGACCUUCCAAUUAAAUCAUCCACCGUAUAACCAAAUCUAUUCCCCAAUUUUACUCCUAAUUUCGUAUGAUUCGAAUAUCACCUGUAAUAACUCCCCCCCCCCUCUCUGUUUGAAUUGAAACAUUGAUUAAUGUAAUAGGUUUGCCUCACCUUAAAAUAGGCACUAGUUGA